UCCAAGUCUCUAAGGUUUACAAGAUAGUAAAAACAGUAUGUAGCUGACUUCCUGCCUUAAACAGGCUACAGAUUGCAACAAUUCUUGCUAGGAUUGGCCCUGUGCAGCCACCGUAAGAAAUGGGCUUCAGGUCUCCUAGCAACAGAUUGUGAAUACAUUGGAGUGCUGCUGUGCUGGUGAGUUUGUAUUCAGAGGGUCUAGUCUGGUGAGUGCUAAACCUGCCUUCUAGACAUGCCCUUUAUAAACAAAGUACACCCUGGGGCUGAAUAUUUUCACUAAAGCAGCCUUGGUUGGCCCAUACCCACUCUUUCCUACCCCAACUCUCGCUCUCCUCCCUCCAUCCCCCCCCCCCCACUGCCAUGACUGUAGUGUCUAGAAUGGUACACAGUUGCCUCAGCCUUUCAUCCCUUGGUUCUCCUUGCCUUGGUGAAAGCAUAUAUGAAAAGCCAAGGCUCAAAGGUUUUUGUAUUUUUCUAUAUCCAUAUAGAUCUAUCUAUAUCUGUUAUCCAUAUCUUUUCUGUAAAUAAAACUACCUAAUACUAGCAUUUAAUCAUGAUUACAUUGAAUUGGGGAUGGGGGAACCCAUGUCAUUGCAGUGAUACCUGUCAAGAAAUUAAAUUUUACCAGAAAAGCCAAAAUGGAGUUAUCAAUGGCCCCACCUCAGAUAUAUGUAGAAAAAACUCUUGCCAUCAUCAAACCAGAUAUUGUUGACAAAGAGGAGGAGAUACAAGAUAUUAUUCUCAGAUCUGGAUUCACUGUUGUUCAGAGAAGAAAACUACAUCUCAGCCCUGAGCACUGUAGUAACUUUUAUGUGGAACAGUAUGGGAAAAUGUUUUUCCCAAACUUAACAGCUUACAUGAGUUCUGGACCACUUGUUGCUAUGAUACUAGCAAGACACAAUGCCAUCUCUUACUGGAAAGAACUUUUGGGACCAAGUAACAGUUUGAUAGCUAAAGAGUCACAUCCAGACAGCUUAAGGGCAAUUUAUGGCACAGAUGACCUAAGGAAUGCACUUCAUGGGAGUAGUGACUUUGCUGCUGCCGAAAGAGAAAUUCGUUUCAUGUUUCCUGAAGUGAUUAUUGAGCCCAUUCCAAUUGGACAAGUUGCUAAGGACUAUUUAAAUUUAUAUGUAACACCAGUUCUUCUUGAAGGACUCACAGAACUUUGCAAACAAAAACCAGAAGACCCUUUUAUAUGGCUAGCUGAUUGGCUGCUGAAGAAUAAUCCCAACAAACCUAAGCUUUGCCACUAUCUAAACACAGAAGAACCUUGAAGUCCACCAGGAGUAGCUCAUGAGCCACCACCCUGCAAAAGCCUCUGCAGCUACUUAGUAAAGUCAUCUCAUGCCUUGGGCUUAAGCAACUACAUGUGAAAUAAAUAAUGUCUUAAAAAUAAAUGUUUAAGAAUAUACAGCAUAUAACUAUUUAAGGUACAUA